AUGUCAGCUGCGUCAGCAAGUUCUUCCCACACUGAGAUUCCCACGCUGAGCCAUCUCGACUUCGACCGGAUGUCUGACCGCGAUGAGCCCGGGGCGCAUCCCUUUUCGAACUACAUCGCGCUCAGAGCAAACUAUGCAGAGCACCUCUCACAGCCCGAUGGGCUACCUGGAUGGGGUGCAGACUCGGCCCAGCUAUGGUGCAACCUGCCUCCUCCCGUGGCCGACAACGACGAAGACGAUCUCGAUCGCCUGGUCAACAUCACUGCCAUGAAUCAAGCCAGCCAGGAUUCAGCCCUCGAUAGUAUUGAAAAUGCUAGUCCUCAGUCUGCCAACCCAGUUCAAAGCCCUGGUGCCCGCUUCGCGCAGAGCGAGGCCGUGGCGAUCGGCGCGACUCGCAAGCAAAACCACUCCUGCGACCGAUGCCGGACCUCUAAAAGAGCAUGCGACCUGCCGCACAAUGUCGUGAUCCAUGAUCAAAAGCCUUUAGUUUCCUGCACAACAUGCAACGGGCGCGGGGUAGAAUGCACAGUCGCAUGGCUCUCCAACAAGAAGGCCCUCCAGCACACCCGAAAGCGGCCCAGGACAAUGUCAUGUGUUCAAGAGGCAGACACCGGGGUGGACUCUAGAACUGCGCCCUCAGCAGCCACGGAAGAGUCGCCAAAGACGCCACUAGUUGACUGCCAGGCAUCUGCAAUCACAAGAGAAGGGGAACUCGCCCGUAAGCUGCUCUCUCAUGACACAUGCUUACAGCAGUUCAGCUUGUAUGUGGAUGUUAUUGAUAUGCCACUGGCCGAAUGCAUUGCGCAAGCAAGUAUGCCUCCUCGAUACCCUCUGGGAAUUGCUGCCUUAGGGCCUCUCGGUGACAGCAACCAUAUGUCCGCAUACUUCGACCAGGCCAAUGGGUGGGUUGAUAGCUGCUGGGAAGGCCAAACGAGCUCAUGGGCCUUGUCGUCAGGCGGGCCACAUGUAUUCCGCGCGGCCAGUGUGCUUGACUGCCUGUUCCAGCACAAUGGGACCCAGACAAGCCGUGCGUCCGCGUCCCGUGAUGCACUCAUUACCGAGACAUACAAAUGGGUCACCAUUGCAACAGCAGCACAGUUUAAGAUUCCGAACAAGCGGUGCUCAUCCCCGGGCCAGCCAAAGCAAUGGGACUCACACUCACAUCCUCGGGAUAUUGCCCUGGAGACAUGGCGCAGGGCCAAGGAUUUAUUGUUCAAAAACAUUGCAGCUGCUCAUUCGUUUCGGUUGGCGCUGUCACUACUUUUGUUUGGCAUGAUAUCCCCACCAACUGUUGGCGAAAAUACCGCUAUAGACGAAGAGGAUGCUUCGUAUGCCUUCUCGGAAGGCGUUCGGCGUCUUAAGAUGCUCUGUACUGAGGCGCGUGCAUGUGUCCUCGCAAAUUUUGGCGGAGUGGAAAGACCUCCCAACACGAGGGCUAAGCCUCAUCUCGUUGAGGGACUUCCACCUGACGUCCAAGAAAAUGUCCUGGAGCUGAUUGCUGCUAUUGAAUGGUUAAGUACCAUGGCCAAUUGCAUCGUAGUUACCUCAUCGCGCGGGAAGAUAUGCCCGAUACCUCUGAACAUGUACAGCACUACCGACGGGAGCCUACACAGUGCGCAUGACACGAUCCAGAGCGCAGAGAGCGAUACAUUUUCAAUAGCCCUGCCCCAUGACCAUGAGACCGACAACCUGAUUUUGUCGCGAACAAAGGAGGGGAAAAGCUCAUUUGUGGACCUCGCUUACGGGGAAAGCUCUGAGGAUAUGUUACUAGAGUCUGCGAGACAGUCAGGCUCUGUGGCAGUCCUUCUAUGGAUGUCUCUGGCUCCCUUCACACUGGAGGUCGAAAACCUCCUGAAUGACAGGGCAGACUAUGAAGCGCUUCAUCGACGAUUUAUUACAGCCGUGAGGCUGGUGAAAUUGUGGAGACUGUCCUUUGGCAAACUCGAGAAUAGGACAGCGUCUUGCAUUAAACAGCUGACGUCUGAUAUGCGACGAUUGGCAGGAUUUUGUUUGAAUGACGGCGAUUUGGCGGUCUUGGUCUUCUGUGCGAUCACACGUAGACUUGAGACUGGUCUAGCAGGGCACCCUUCGUCCCAAGAGAAAGAUUCCCUCGCUAGUGUCCUCCAAUCGACGAAAUCGUAUUGUCAGAAGCAACGCCUUAUUAGCGCACAGCAAGUGUCUACCUUUGCUACAAUCUCCCAAGGAAUCACGAGUCCCGGUUUCCAAGGAAAGGGUGGCUUGAAGGCCCACAUUCAGGACAUUGCCGCUCAUCCCUAUCCAAAAAUGGUGGUCCAAGCACAGACCUUCGCGGUCAAGGCUUUUACGGACGAGGUCCACGAGAUGAUCAACAUUCUGGAUUUGAAAGGCGCUGCUGAGAUGUCAGCGGGACUGGAGACUUGUCUAGGGACGCUCUGCGGCCUUCGGGAAACGCUGGUGACCUUACCCGAUCUGCAUUGUUUUACGUAA